AGCAGGAUGGCGAGCGCCAGGGUGCCGGACUUCGUCCAGGAUCUCGCGGCUCCGGAUUUCAAGACUGUUGAAGCUAGUCUGCUAGAACUCGAGCGCUAUCUGACGCUCCGCACGUAUCUGGGGGGCUACCAGCUGAGCUCCGCUGACAAGGACUUGUGGACUACGUUGCGGACCAGCAAGGUUGCGAGCCGAAUCGUCCGUAAGGGCAGCCUUGCCAACGUUGCUCGUUGGUUCAACUUCAUCGAGGCUACCCAUCCCGAGAUUCAGGUGGAGAUUAAGGCGGCUCAGGCAAAGGAGCAGGCGAGGCGUGCCGCAGCUAGCAAGGCUGGAGGCAAUUACAACAUCGGCCUGAGGAAUACGGAGAAUGGGGUGGUCACGCGAUUCCCCCCUGAGCCUUCGGGCUAUCUCCAUAUCGGCCAUGCCAAAGCCGCCUUUUUGAACGACUACUUCGCUCACUAUGCGUUUGAUGACAAGCUCAUUGUUCGGUUUGAUGACACCAACCCCACAAAGGAGAAGCAGGAAUUCCAGGAUUCAAUCCUUGAAGACCUGCGCUUGCUCGGUAUCAAGCCGGAUCGUGUGACGUACACCAGUGACUACUUCGAGCAGCUGUACGAGAUCUGCCAGCGGAUGAUAGCAGACGGGCACGCCUACGCAGACGACACUGAUCCUGAAGUUCAAAAGGAGCAACGGCUCAACCGUCUCCCCAGCAAGCGACGGGACCGACCACCGCAGGAGAGUCUGGAAAUCUUCAGAGAAAUGAGGGAUGGCACCGAAUUUGGGAAGAAGCAUUGCAUCCGAGCCCGGAUCGCCUUCGAUUCGCCCAACGGAGCGAUGAGAGACCCAGUUGUGUAUCGCUUCCCAAAAUCGGAGAAUGAAGACGAUGUUGGGGAGCCGAUUCCGCAUCAUCGCACUGGCCUGGCCUGGAACAUUUAUCCGACAUAUGAUUUCGCCUGUCCUGUGGUUGACAGUAUCGAAGGCGUCACCCACGCUCUCCGCACAACUGAGUACGCAGACCGGAACGCCCAGUAUCAGUGGUUUCUUGACACCCUGAAGCUCCGGCCCGUCCAACUCUGGGACUUCGCCCGAAUCAACUUCAUUCGAACGUUCCUCUCCAAAAGAAAGCUGACCAAGGUCGUGGACACCGGGAUAGUGACCGGCUGGGAUGAUCCCCGGAUGCCCACUGUCCGCGGCAUCCUCCGUCGAGGCCUCACCGUUCCCGCUCUUCGCGAGUUCAUGUUGAAGCAAGGUCCGAGUCGGAACGCGGUCACGAUGGAUUGGACCAUCCUCUGGGCCAUGAACAAAAAAGCGAUUGACCCAGUCGCUCCCCGCCACACGGCUGUCGAGAAGAGGCAUUUGGUUGUGGCAACCCUCAGCAAUGGACCGAAGUCGGCCUAUUCGGAGGAGAAGCCAAAACACCCCAAGAAUGCAUCCGUUGGAACCAAGCUGGUCACGUACGCCAGCUCUGUGUUCAUUGAUCAAGCAGAUGCAGCCACAUUUUCUCUGAACGAAGAAAUUACCCUCAUGAACUGGGGUAACGCGAUUGUUAGGGGGGUCACUCGAGAGGACACUCUGGUGACAGAGCUGCAGCUCGAGCUGAACCUGGAGGGCGAUUUCCGCAAGACGGAGAAGAAAGUCACUUGGUUGGCCAAGGAGGGCAGCAAGCUCGUCGACGCAGAGCUUUGGGAAUUCGAUUAUCUGCUGACGAAGGACACGUUGGGGAAAGACGAUCAACUUGACGGCUUCCUGGCAACCAACACUGCCAGGAUGACGGAAGCGCUGUGCGAUGCGAAUUUGGCAACCGUGGAACCGAACACCAUCAUCCAGCUGGAGCGCAAGGGGUACUUCAGGCUGGACAAGCGUGCUGGACAGGGGCCUCAUGGCAGAGCUGUGUUGUUCAAGAUCCCAACUGGGGCAAAGGAGUAGAGUUGAUCACGUAUUCCGGGCAGCAAUCAUCCGGGCAAUAUUCACCUUCUCGUUCCUGUUUCUCCACAA